AAGAAAGAAAGAAAGAGGGAAUCAAAACACUUUCUCUCAUAUUUUACCGAAAGCAAAAUGACGUUACAUCUUUAUGUAAUAGAUAUAAGCAACUUUUUAAAAUCUUACUAACUUCCUGAAUAAUCGAGAGCAAGUUGACCGCACGGACAUAGAGGAAACCGAGUCACACUAUUCAGUUAAUGGGCUUCUAUUUUCACUUUGUGAACUCUCCAAUUAUUCAAUGAGGGAUCCCAUGUGAGCACAGUCUGUUUCUGGCCACGAAAGUACGACGUUAAAAAGAAGGUCGCAAAGAAAGUCACGUCACUUUAUCCGACAGAAACGACCGACGGGAUUAUUAUGAACAAAAACAUCGAAAGUAAAAGCAACAACAAUAACAACGAAAAGAUGAAACUACAUGACGUAUUAGCGAAUAGCAGCUAUCCAAUUCACGUUAAAAUGACAAACAUGGACGAAAGUUUGCGCUUAGAAAAUAAACCUUCGCAAUCGGAAGUUCUUACGGUAUACGAAAGUAAAAGUUUCGAACGGGUUAAAUGUUUAACAAAACAUUCAGCGCAUCUAUAUAUACCGCUAAAUUUGCCUAAACCAGUAAUGUACACAUCGAUAGACAGUAAAGAGCUUGACAUGAACACAACUUCCGAAAUGCGAAGAUACACGGGGAAACGUAAAACACUAUGGCUUGUGGUGACCAACGAGUUUGUUUAUAAUUCACGUACCUAUGAAGUCGGCGAAAUUCUCGAAGUGGUCAAACCUUCUAUGAUAAAACGGUUACUACGUUUGCUGGCAAAUAAGAGAACUCGGUAUGAUAUUACAGUUCUUUCUCACCUUAUGAAAGAUAAAAACAUUUUACCGACGUAUUUGCGCGGAAAUAUGAAAAUGUGUUCGUCACCGUAUUCGAGUUGUUACCGGCUAAUAGGCGAUUUAAUGAAAACAGAGAAAUUGCCGUUCCUGAUUACUGUGCCGGUUAAUCCUCUGAACAACAAAGUAUUAAACGACGGUAAAGUGACCACGACUAAAGACAACCAAAGACUGUUGGUUUUAGGGAAGGAGAGUUAUGACGUCAUUAUAGCGAAUGAUGAAAACGAAAACGCGCACGACUAUGUUUUGCCAGCUGAUUCGUCUAUUGAAGUGGAGAUUGUUAAUAACCGCACGUCGACGAAAACUCCUGAUAUCGUCGAGCGAAGAAAAGCCAUAUUUAAUAGCAUCGACGAAAUCCUUAAAAAAAGAGAGGAUGCAAGUGGAAUCAUAAACAAACCCUCCACCGCAGUAGAUACCAUAGCUAUAACACCAAAAUCAGAAAAGCCGCAAUUUUUUACGUUUCCAGAAAAGAAGGAGAGCACAAGUUCUGUCUUAACAACGUACCUAACUUCUCAACCAUCCUCUCCUCCGGAGCUGUUAUCUUUUAAACGAAUAGAUUCGUCGCACAAUAUGUUACACACAAAGGAAGAAGAAAUAUUACCGAUACCUCCACCGCGCAAAAAGCGAACAUACCCUAAAGGACAAGUUGGUCAUUGCGAAACAAACAAAUUCAGUAAACUUCCUCCGACGCCAACGGAGGAGAAGGAGAAUGGACAAGAAGGAUAUUUAGUUCCAAUUACCGGUUUCAUGCAACAACAUUUAGAAAAUAAAACACAUUACAACAUUGACGAAUGUUUCAUCGAAGUAGGCACUGACGGAUACGUUUUAGUACCAAAACGCCAUGUUGUCAAAAUCUCACCUAGCAUAAAACGCCAAGAAAACAAAAUCAGAAAGUCACGUGAUGCUGAUUAUACAAUGUUUAACAAUCUACCUGGAAUGGUAACAAACAAUAUUGACCUUGAGCAGUGUGAAAGAAAAGCACAGCAAAUAUCUCUCAAGCCGACACCACCACCGAGACGUUCAGCUCUUUCUUCGACUUCUUCUACAACAGGAAUGACUUUGGAUAAAACAAAUCCACGGUCUCCUAUACCAUCGCCUAGACCUUCAAAAGCUUCUCGCGUAUCGGAUAUUUUAGUCCACGAUGUUAAACCACUGGUUAAACCAAGAGUACCAAAAAAACCCGUUCGUUAUAAUAAAUUGUAAAUAAAAUAAAAAAGUGUAUAUAUAUAUUUGUAUAUUUAUCUUCUCUUAUAUUAAUUAGUUCAAAGAGAUUAAGAUUCUUUAUGCA